AUGGAAAAACGGUUUCUGGAUGGAAGCUUGUUGGAGGCGUGGCGGCCGCUGACAGUGAGUGGUGACAUCAAAGGGUGUCUUUCAAAACCGAAGAAAAUGGGGAGAAUCUUCACGGUGGAGCUGGAGGGCAGGUCCUAUGGCUGCAAGUCCUGCAAAACCCACCUGGCCCUUGCUGAUGAUCUAAUCUCUCGUGCAUUUUAUUGCCAGCGGGGAAAAGCAUAUCUCUUCAAUAAUGUUGUGAACUUCACGAUUGGAGCGCUAGAGGAAAGGAUGAUGCUUUCGGGACUGCAUACUGUGGCAGAUAUCUAUUGUUGUUGCUGCGGUCAAAUAGUUGGCUGGAAAUAUGAGUCUGCACAUGAGAGAAGUCAAAAGUAUAAAGAGGGGAAGUUUGUUCUUGAAAGAGGAAGGAUUGUUGAUGAAAUUGAUUUCUCCGCUGAAUUCCAUAUUGAGAGCUGUGUCAGCAUGAGUGAUGCUGAAGAUGCUUAA